GUAGCCUGUAGCCUAUGGUGCAUCAUUUCAUUCAAAGACCGGCAAGCAGGAGUGUACCUACAGUCAGAGAUGGGACAGGAAACUGUGAAUGAUGGUGAUGCUGCGACCGACACGAGUUCCGCGACACGUUUCCGUAGUUACCUGCAUGGUGGUACAUCCAGCCUUGUAUCCACGCUGACAACUAUUGCAACAUUCCCGCUAUACAAGACAGUGUUUCGCCAACAGCUGCACAAUACGCUUGUACGAGAGGCUGUGGCUCAACUCUAUGGGGAGGGGUUGCGCAAGCUUUACCGCGGCGUUGCUCCUCCGCUUUUAGUCCGGACACUCCAAGGCACAUUGUUAUUCGGCGUUCAGGACACCCUACAACGUCGUUCCUCUAACCUGGUCCCAGAGCACCUCCCCAGGCCACUGCUCCAGGCUGCAGCAGGUGUGGGAACUGGCGUGGUGGAGGCUCUGGUAUUCACCCCGUUUGAACGUGUGCAGAACGUGCUCCAGAACUGCAGAAACGACCGCCGCCUCCCAACCCAGUGGAGCGUCCUGGUGCGUUUGAGCUCUGAGCCGCUUGCCCUCGGGUUCUACCGAGCCCUGCUGCCCAUUAUUGCCCGCAAUGCCCUGGGCAGCGGCCUUUACUUUGGUCUGAAAAACCCAGUGAGGGAUGCCUUGGACCGGCAGGGUCUCUCUCCCAUGGCCUCAUCGUUCACCUCAGGUGCGGUCAACUCCCUGGUAAUCAGUCUGCCACUUUACCCACUUUCGGUGCUGGUGGCCAACAUGCAGGCUGGCGUGGGGCAGGAGGACACCAGGGGCGGGCUAAAGGCGAGUGCCCGCAAGCUUUGGGCGGCUCGUCAGCGGAGCGUAGCGCUGCUGUACCGCGGAGGCUCACUGGUCAUCCUGCGCUCCUGCGUCAGCUGGGGCAUCACCACGGCCAUCUACGACCGCCUGGAUAGAAGCUCGUGAGACAAAACCACACCUGGUGGAUGAGACAAAGAGAUGCACACCUGAUGGAGGGGGGUGGACGCAGCCCAAGACACACCAGAAGUUCUUACCAGGAACACAUCAGGCUCGGCCUGGGGGAGCAACCACUCCAGUGAUGACGGCUGUCUGGGCUCUUUGUCUUUGUCACUUUUCCUCUCUCUCUUUCUUCUCCUUUGCAGCAGAUAGAGAGGGGAGUGGUGUCCAGUGGUGCUCCAACAGAGCUCUGCACUUCUUCUUCAGUAGGGAUGUCAGGACAUUUCUGGACUUAUAUAUCUCUGUUCUUAUACCUCUGUAGUUACUGUUCUGUUCACAUACAGUAUGCAUAAUGUACUGUAAGGCAACCUAUGCUGUAGCCUAAUUUAUCCCCUGAAUCUGUAGAGUUGGAAAUAAGAGGGACGUGAGAUGCAUCAUAGGUUGCAGAGGUUUUUAUUUUAUUUUAUUUAUCUAUACAUUUUCAUAGGAAAUUGCACCUAUAUCAAUGGCUAUAAUUAUAAACGAGAAAAAAAAGGGACAGGUGUAAAGAACACACUAUAGCUUUAAGCUGGGAGAUCUGCGUAUUGUUAACAUUACAUGUGUGUUGGACCAAAGACUGACCAGGCAGUGUCCUUUAUUUUCAAAGCCAGUAUUUAUAGAUGUGAGAGAUUAUUACACAACAUGCCAUUUUCUUUCCAUGGCUAAUGGUUCUAUGACUAUAAAAAACAUUGUGUAGGUUAAUUAUAAGCCGUGUGGUCCUGCUGUUCCUUAUUUGGGCCCCUCAUUAUCCAAUGCAAGGUUUCAUUGCACAUACCAUCAAGGAUCGUCAGAUGGUGCACUGUGUUGCUGACAUGCUUAUCCUGUUGUCAUGCAUGUCUUGACCACGGCAGUGAAGAAUGUUAUUCUGUGUUUUAAUAUCAACGUUUUUAUUUGUUAUUAAAAUUCAUAAGGGAAACAGACCUGAUGUGGGACAAUCAGGAAUCCCCUAAACGUACUCAGGAGUCCACAUGACCACCACUGCCAUAUUUCCAUCUUGGAAGUGCUUUAUUUCAUCUUAAUAUAAUCUUAAUUUAUUUAAUCUUUAUCUCUGUUCUGUGGUGAGUGUAUGCAGGAAGCAUCUAAAUGGAUGCAGUAGGAUUCCAACUACAGGCAGCCAACUGUCAUGUAUCAAUAUCUACAA